AUGAAAGUUCUUUUGGCUAUGCUGCUUGUUGCUGUUUUCUGGAGCCAGGAGUGGAAGCCUGCGCUCUCGGAUUCGAUCAUCCAUAUCGGCGCCAUCUUUGAUGAGUCAGCGCGGAAAGAUGAUGAGGUGUUUCGUCUCGCUGUGGCAGAUCUCAACUUAAACAAUGAGAUUCUGGAGACAGAGAAGAUCACCAUCUCUGUGGAAUUUGUUGAUGGGAACAACCCUUUCCAGGCUGUGCAGGAAGCCUGUGAACUGAUGAAUCGCGGUAUCCUGGCUCUGGUCAGCUCGAUUGGGUGUAUGUCGGCAGGCAGCCUUCAAACCCUGGCUGACGCCAUGCACAUUCCUCAUCUCUUCAUCCAGCGUUCCACGGCGGGAACGCCUCGUUCUACCUGUCCACCAACCAGUCGCACGCCCGGAGCAGACGACUACACCCUCAUGGUUCGUCCCCCGGUGUAUCUCAAUGAGGUCAUCAUGCAGGUGGUGUCUGAAUACAGCUGGCAGAAGUUUGUCCUCUUCUACGAUUCUGACUUUGAUAUUCGUGGUAUUGAGGAUUUCCUCGACCGGAUCUCUCAGCAUGGAAUGGAAGUGUCCCUUCAGAAGGUUGAAUCAAACAUCAACAUGAUGAUCACAAGUUUGUUCAGAACAAUGCGCGUGGAAGAGCUUCAUCGGUACAGAGAUACACUACGUCGAGCUGUGCUCUUUAUGAGUCCAGCAACUGCAAAGGCUUUUAUCACAGAGGUAGUGGAGACCAACCUAGUUGCCUUUGAUUGCCACUGGAUCCUUAUUAAUGAGGAGAUUUCCGACUACGACCUACAGGAGUUGGUCAUGAAGUCCAUUGGUCGGCUGACAUUGGUGCGGCAGAUGUUCCCCAUGCCUCAGAACACAACUCAACGCUGUGUCAAACACAACCACAGGAUUAACACGUCCGUCUGUGACCCAAAGAACGCCAAGGCCCAGCAGCUAGAGAUCACUAACCGCUACAUCUAUGAUACAGUGUUGCUGCUGGCAAACAGCUUCCACAGGAAGUUGGAGGACAGGAAGUGGCACAGCAUGGCCAGCCUAAGCUGCAUCCGGAAGAACUCCAAGCCGUGGCAGGGAGGCAAGAGCAUGCUGGAUACUGUCAAAAAGUUUGGAGUGAGUGGCCUCACUAGUUUCCUGGAGUUCACUGAUAAUGGAACAAAUCCCAACAUUUUCUUUGAAAUCCUGGGAACAAACUAUGGAGAGGACAGAGGACGGGGAGUCAGCAGGUUGGCAACAUGGGACCCAGUUCAUGGACUGAAUGGCACACUGAGUGACAGGAAGCUGGAAAAUAACAUGAGAGGUGUUGUGCUUCGAGUUGUCACUGUUCUGGAGGAGCCGUUCGUGAUGGUGUCAGAGAACGUGCUGGGGAAACCAAAGAAGUACCAAGGCUUUUCCAUUGACAUCCUUGAUGCUUUGUCCAACUAUCUUGGCUUUAAGUAUGAAAUCUAUGUGGCCCCAGACCACAAAUAUGGCAGCUUGCAGGCUGACGGUCAGUGGAAUGGACUAAUGGGUGAACUGGUUUUUAAGCGAGCUGAUGUGGGACUUUCCGCUUUGACCAUCACGCCUGAGCGAGAGAGCGUUGUAGAUUUCACCACACGCUACAUGGAUUAUUCUGUGGGAGUUCUGCUGCGCAAGGCUGAACGCACUGUGGACAUGUUUGCCUGCCUGGCGCCCUUCGAUCUGUCGCUGUGGGCAUGCAUUGCGGGCACCGUGCUCCUCGUUGGCAUCCUAGUGUACCUGCUCAACUGGCUCAACCCACCCCGGCUGCCCAUGGGAUCUGUGUCCUCUACAACACUCUAUAAUUCCAUGUGGUUUGUUUACGGCUCCUUUGUGCAGCAAGGUGGAGAGGUUCCUUACACCACCCUCGCAACGAGGAUGAUGAUGGGCAUUUGGUGGAUGUUUGCCCUCAUUGUGAUCUCUUCGUACACUGCCAAUCUGGCAGCAUUCCUCACAAUCACACGCAUAGAGAACUCUAUACAAUCUCUACAGGACUUAUCUAAGCAGACCGAGCUCCCUUACGGUACAGUGCUGGAUUCAGCUAUAUACGACCAGGUGCGCUACAAGGCCAUGAACCCCUUUGAGAGAGAUGCCAUGUACUCUCAGAUGUGGCGGAUGAUUAAUCGCACCGGAGCGGGAGAUAAUAGCGUUGAGGACUCAAAAGAAGGCAUUCGCAAGGUGAAAUAUGGUCGGUUUGGCUUCAUCUGGGAUGCGGCCGUGUUGGAGUAUGUCGCUAAUAAUGACGAGGAUUGUUCCUUCUACACCGUCAGCAACAGCGCAUCAGACCGUGGAUACGGCAUCGCCAUGCAGCACGGCAGCCCCUACAGGGACAUUUUCUCCCAGAGAAUCCUAGAACUCCAGCAGAAUGGCGACAUGGAUUUACUAAAGCUCAAGUGGUGGCCCAAGGACACUCCCUGUGACCUGUAUAGUUCAGUCCAGACACGGCAGCGCGGCAACGCCCUGGAUAUCCACAGCUUCGCUGGCGUCUUCUGCGUCCUGGCAGCUGGCGUGAUUCUCUCCUGCCUCAUUGCAAUGGUGGAGAGCUGGUGGUCGCGGCGGAAGGGAUCCAGAGUCCCUUCCAAGGAGGACGAUAAGGAGAUCGACCUGGAGCACCUACACCACAGGGUUAACAGCUUGUGCACCGAGGAUGAAAGCCCCCAUAAGCAGUUCUCCACCUCUUCCGUAGAUUUAACCCCUCUCGACAUGGAUGCGCUCCCUGCUGCCCGGCAGGCACUCGAGCAGAUCAGCGACUUCCGCAACACCCACAUCACCACCACCACCUUCAUCCCCGAGCAGAUCCAGACCCUUAGCCGUAGCCUUUCUGCCAAAGCUGCCGCUGGAUUCUCCUCUGGAUUUGGUGGUGGAGGCGGCCUGCAGGACCACCGGACUGGUGGGGUUGGGCCUUUCCGGCAGAGGGCCCCCAAUGGUGGCUUUUUCCGCAGCCCCAUUAAAACAAUGUCCUCCAUUCCCUACCAGCCCACAGGUCCAGGACCCAACUUUGGAUAUGGCAAUGAUCCAGACAGGGGUACCUCCAUAUAAGCAGUGGCUAUUGGUAUGGUUGGUUCGGAAAGAAGAGUUGAGAGAGGAGGCGGAGUUUGUUAGAGCGUCAUUGCACGGAUGAAACAAAAACAUUGGGGUUAGGCUAAAAAAGGGGAAAUUACAAAAAUGUGUACAUAGCAAUCCUUUGGUUUUUGUUUUCUGCUUGGGUCUUCCCAAGGGUGUCAGUUUUCUAUUUGGCUAAAGCGAAGGAGUUACAGGUCUGUAGGUACAUUCACGAUCCUCCUUCAAAUCUUGCUGACGAGGUCCCGACGGGAGGGGAAAAAAAGGGGGAGUGGGGCAGGGAGGGGGCUUGAUAAUUUACGUUGUUGUUCUUGUGAUCGUUUGGGAGAAUAAUUCUGAAAGGGGGACGUUCUUUUUUUUUUUUUUUUCAUUACUGUUUUUGUUUUUAUGACUUGAGGACAAGUUCAUGGAAUGAAAAAAGAUCAACUUCACUUUACUGUUCAAAACCCUUUGAGGGUUUCGUUUCUACAAGUAGGUUUUAGAGAUGCUGCAGACAAAAGGAUUUGUCGUCACCUUAGCCAUGAAACAGCUCCCAGGGGAUUUCGCUAAUAAUCAAUGACGGGGUAGAAGAAAGCGCCCCGUGUCCAUUCUUCUAAAAAAGGGAUUCUUCUUUUGCUUGUCUGAAUUUGGGGGGGGGGGGGUCUAAACACUCUUCUUUUAUGGUUUUUCACCCAAAAUCUGCUGUCCUUAAUGUGCUUUCAUCUCCAAGAUGGUGUCCACAUUGUGGCCUGACGACACCUCCUGAGACUUUUGCAGAUGAGCACACGAUGACGCCUCCACCGGCUUGAAAACUGCUAAACGCCAUGACAGAUCAACAAUUUCUCACUGUAGAUUCACCAGUUUUGGUGCAUCACUCUUAAAUUACUUCUGAGAUGUUUGUGCUGCAUCAGCCUGAAACUGUUUCACCAUUUUUUGAUGCACAUGUAACUCUUUGUCAAUUCCCUCUGCACUGUACCAGUGCCCACAGACCUGUAAGUGAUUGUAUGUAGAUCUUACCUUUUCUUUCUCUCACCUGUAUUGUGCUCUCUGCUUUUCAAGUGAAGGUGAGGUUCUUCAAUCAGACUCUCAAAGAAGGGGAAACAUGGACAAUAUCAAAAGCAGCUGAAAGAAUAAAAAAACAAGCUUAAAGACUUCUGAAAAGCUUAUGCUUAUUAUAUGUAUUUUGUUGAGUUUUGUUUGGGGAAAAAAAAUAAUGCGUGGAAUGUGUUUUUGGUCAGGAAGUACAAAAAAAAGACAUUGUUCUAAGCUGUCUACUUGUUUUUUGCUCCAAGCAAACUUUGAAAAACUGCUAAACAAGUGCUGUAGUCUCUGUUCUGUCUUCACGACGUCAAACUUCCUAUUUUCAUUUGGUUCCUUUUGGCGCUCUCACAGCCCAGGUUGUUUUAUUAGAAGAAGAAAAUAAGGUUGAGUUAAAAUGUCAUGUCACACUUUUUUUCCCAGGUUCAAGUUGUGGAAUGGAGUUGGCUUUUAUGUUAAAGAGAGGCCAUCGCCAACUGCAUCGUCAGAACAAGCCUUACAUGUCACCUGUAGUUACCUGACCCCCCCUCCCCCCAAGCCUCCAUGUUAAAGCUCAAAGAUUUCAGCGUAUCGGAAACAUUUCAGAGCAGUGAAUCGGUGGUUGUCCGGUGCGCCAUGAGAAUGUCUCUGAUGGAAUCCAGAGUCUGCCUUUUUACGAGUCCCAGAUACGUUUCAUAUCACUUAUGUUAAGGGUACUAUUUCUAUCAUUUUAUUAUUAUUAUUAUUUUAAAAGUGCCAACUAAUUCAGAUGAGCAUCAUGCAUUAUCUGGUCGGGGGUAUGGAAAUGAAGGGAUGACUGGGUAAAAUGGAAACCAAACCAUUUGUCACUAACACUGUAUUAAUAAUUGAUAAUGUUAGUUGCUUAGAGCAAGUUUUCAGUUUGUUAUCUUUAAGAACUAAAACUGCAAAAAUGUUGUGAGUAGAGAUCUCAGUCAAGCCACAGUGUUUUAUAACAAGCAUUCUUAGGAAUUCUUUUCUUAUAUUAGGCUACUGAAUGGCGUAUAGGACACAUGCAUUUAAAAGAAUUUUAUUUAGUAUACAUGAAAGAGACAUUAUAAAAAAAUGUAUAUUUUACAUGUUGAUGAUAUUUUUGUUGAAAAGAGAAGACUGUAUGAUGUUCAGCUUUAGUGUUGAUUUGAGCAAUCACGUUACUGCCUUCGGUUUUUCCCCGCCCCGCCCCGCCCCGCCCCUUCCCGCUCAUGCUACACCUAAACUGAUGUUUUGCUUUUCUCAUGUUGCCAUUCCUUUUUAUUUUUUUUUUAUUUUUAUUUUUUUAAUUUGCUGGAUAAAUAACAAAACGGGGCAAGUCCACUAAAAAGAAAGCAUGCACAAACUUGCUGAUUUUUUCUGUUAACAUUUUUAAUUUCACACAUAGGACUACAGAAUUUACUUGAUAAUUUUCAAAACUUUAUGAUGUACAGUAUUUAAUAUAGGCCUAUUUUGUUGUAUGUGUUGCAUAUUAUUCAAAAACCGAACAAAUUUGAGCCUCUGUUACAAGUGGCAAAGCUUUCUGUGUAUAAUUUGUCUAAUAAACAGGUUUUCUACAGUGG